UGUCGUCAGGCUCCAACCUAGAAGUCAAUUUCCACAGUUUAUGUCUGAUUUGGGUACAGCGUUAUCCUGCUGCUCACUGCUGUUCAAUACGACCAGUAGAAUGGCGCCAAGCACCUGGUCCUGAGGAGAAUCUCAAGCGUCUUUUCAGAGAACUUUCCGAGAGUUACUUUACGCAGGGCAGAGUUCUCCUGAAAACAUUGAGUUUUCUUUUUAAAAAAAGAAAGGAUACUUUGCGCAGUCACCUCAACAAAACGGACUAUUUUAAGGUGACCGUGUCCGUCUGACAACAACAAUAAGUAUGGGAAGCCGGGGACAUUACCGGUACCACUGGCAGAGCCACAAUGUCAAGCAGAGCGGUGUGGAUGACAUGGUCCUGCUCACCAAAAUCAAUGAGGACGCCAUUGUGGAAAACCUCAAGAAGAGAUAUAUGGAUGACUAUAUCUUUACAUACAUUGGACCUGUGCUCAUCUCUGUUAACCCUUUUAAGCAGAUGCCUUACUUUGGAGACAAGGAGGUGGAAAUGUAUCAAGGAGCUGCUCAGUAUGAAAACCCUCCCCACAUCUACGCACUGGCAGACAACAUGUACAGAAACAUGAUGAUUGACUGUGAAAACCAGUGUGUGAUCAUCAGCGGCGAGAGCGGCGCGGGGAAAACGGUCGCAGCCAAGUACAUUAUGGGCUACAUCUCCAGAGUGUCGGGAGGCGGACCCAGGGUGCAGCAUGUCAAAGACAUCAUUCUGCAGUCCAACCCUCUUCUGGAAGCCUUUGGAAAUGCCAAGACACUGAGGAACAACAACUCCAGCCGAUUUGGGAAAUACUUUGAGAUCCAGUUCAGCUCUGGUGGUGAACCAGAUGGUGGGAAAAUCUCCAACUUCCUGCUGGAAAAAUCUCGUGUGGUGAUGAGGAAUGCAGGAGAGAGAAGCUUCCAUAUCUUCUACCAGUUGAUAGAGGGGGCCAGUGGUGAGCAAAGGAGCAGUUUGGGAAUCACCAGCCUGGAUUACUAUACUUACCUCAACCAGUCGGGAUCCUACAAAGUGGACGACAUCAAUGACAAGAGGGAUUUCCAGGAAACACUGCAUGCCAUGGAGGUCAUCGGCAUCUCAGGCAACGACCGCACCAUGGUGCUGCAGAUUGUGGCUGGCGUUCUUCACCUGGGCAACAUCAGCUUCCGAGAGGCGGGCAACUACGCGGCCGUGGAGAGCGAGGAGUUCCUGGCCUUUCCCGCCUUCCUUUUGGGCAUCGAUCAGGAGCGGCUGAAGGAGAAACUGACCAGCCGCAAGAUGGAUGGCCGGUGGGGGGGCAAGUCGGAAUCCAUAGAUGUGACCCUGAACGUGGAGCAGGCGUGUUUCACGCGCGACGCCCUCUCCAAAGCGUUGCACGCACGCGUCUUUGACUACCUGGUGGAGUCCAUCAAUAAAGCCGUGGUGAAGGACUAUCAGGAGCUGAAUAUUGGCGUGCUGGAUAUCUAUGGAUUUGAGAUUUUCCAGAAAAAUGGAUUUGAGCAGUUCUGCAUUAACUUUGUGAAUGAGAAGUUGCAGCAGAUCUUCAUUGAGCUGACCUUGAAAGCAGAACAGGAGGAGUAUGUGCAGGAAGGAAUCCGAUGGACUCCCAUUGACUACUUCAACAACAAGAUUGUCUGUGAUCUCAUUGAGAGUAAAGUGAACCCUCCAGGCAUCAUGAGCAUCCUGGAUGAUGUGUGCGCCACCAUGCACGCCAAGGGAGAGGGGGCGGACCAGACCAUGCUGCAGAAAUUGCGUAUGCAGAUCAACAACCACGAGCACUUCAACAGCUGGAACCAGGGCUUUAUCAUCCACCACUACGCUGGGAAGGUGUCCUAUGAUGCAGAGGGCUUCUGUGAGAGGAAUAGAGAUGUCCUCUUCACCGACUUGAUUGAGCUGAUGCAGAGCAGUGAAAUAGCUUUCAUCCGGGCGCUGUUCCCAGAAAACCUUAAUGCAGAGAAGAAAGGGCGACCCACCACGGCAGGCAGUAAAAUUAAGAAACAAGCCAAUGAUUUAGUGAGCACCCUCAUGAAGUGUACACCCCACUAUAUCCGCUGCAUCAAACCCAAUGAGACCAAGAAGCCCAAAGACUGGGAGGAGAGCAGAGUGAAGCAUCAGGUGGAAUAUCUUGGUCUGAAGGAGAAUAUCAGGGUGAGACGUGCUGGAUAUGCUUAUAGGAGAGUCUUCCACAAGUUCCUGAACAGAUACGCCAUCCUGACAAAGGAGUCGUGGCCGACAUGGCGUGGAGACGAGAAGCAAGGCGUGCUGCACCUCCUGCGCUCUGUCAACAUGGACCAGGAUCAGUACCAGCUGGGUCGCACCAAGCUCUUCAUCAAAGCGCCCGAGUCGCUCUUCCUGCUGGAGGAGACGAGGGACCGUAAGUUUGACGGCUACGCCCGCACCAUCCAGCGAGCCUGGCGACAGCAUGUUGCCCGCAAGAAAUAUGUGCAGAUGAGAGAAGAGGCUUCAGACCUGCUGAUGAACAGGAAGGAGCGAAGGAGGCACAGCCUGAACAGAAACUUUGUGGGCGAUUACAUCGGCAUGGACGACAGACCAGAGCUCAGGCAAUUCCUGGGCAAAAGGGAGAAGAUCGACUUUGCGGACAAAGUCACCAAAUACGACCGACGCUUCAAGGGCGUGAAGAGGGACCUGAUCUUGAGUCCCAGGAGUGUGUAUCUGAUUGGGAGGGAGAAGGUGAAGCAGGGGCCGGAGAAGGGCCAGAUCAAGGAGGUACUGAAGCGCAAGAUCGACAUGGACAAGAUCAUGGCUGUUUCGCUUAGCACUCUUCAGGAUGACUUUCUCAUCCUGCAUGAGCAUGAAUAUGACAGUUUGCUCGAGUGUGUGUUCAAGACAGAGUUUCUUAGUCUACUGGCACGCAGGUUCGAGGAGAAGACCCAGAAGAAGCUGCCCAUCAAAUUUGGCAACACGUUGGAGAUGAAGCUGAAGAAGGAGAGCUGGGGUCCCUGGAGCGCUGCAGGCUCCCGUCAGGUGCAGUUUAUUCAGGGUCAGGGCAACUCUGCCGUGCUCAAGCCCUCCAACAAGACGCUGCAGGUCAGCAUCGGACCGGGCCUGCCCAAGAACUCCCGUCCCACCAAGAAAGGCCCCAGUCAGAACCGCUCUACUGUGUCCAGACCACACCAUCACAUCCCCACACGGGUCGCACCUGAACCUCCAGUCGCUCAACAAAAUGGCGAACUGAAACACGCCCAUCAUGCUCUCAGUCAAAGGAACCUACAGCAACAGAACAGUCAGCGAGCAGCAUCUGGCAACCAAGCCCGCCCCUUCCUGCCUGUCUCAGCCAAUCAGCUGAAGAGCAGAGGCAGCAGGCAGGUAGCCCAGCAGCCCAACCUGGACUGCCUCAGAGUGCCUGACCAGGGAGCUGCAGGAAACCGACGGCCAACUGCAAACGGAGAAAUGGCCCACAGGAAGUCCACCAACAGGCCUCCACCGGGGGGCGGCAGGCCCAAGCCCGCUCCCAAGCCCAAGCCCAACAUGCCCCAGUGCAAAGCCCUGUACGCCUACGACGCCCAGGACACGGAUGAGCUCAGCUUCAACGCUGACGACAUCAUUGAAAUAAUCGCGGAAGACGCGUCUGGCUGGUGGACAGGGAGACUGAGAGGCAAACAGGGACUCUUCCCCAACAACUACGUCACCAAGAUCUAGCUUCACCCGCCACGGCCGAGGAGCCGGCCAGGGAAUUGCGCGUACCUCAGAGGAGUCCUAGGGUGGCAGCAGCGGGCGAGCCAGAGCUGGCAGAGGGGAGAGCCGCACGUCUUGCAAUAACUACACUCUGCUUAGGAACAGCGGGCCUGUCUGCAGUGGAGUCCUGCACUUUUAGAAAGCACAGGAUGCCAGCCAGCAGACUUCUCUCCAGGGCUUAACGAUAUACAGUCCCUGUGAGCACUGAUCAACACUAUUUAUUGUAUUUAUAGCUUCCAAUGUUAUUUCUUUUUGCUUUUUUUUUUUUGGUUGGCCAUUAAUAUUAGUGAUACUUAAAUAAUUCAAAGACAUGAAGCAUCCAUUGUAUGUAGGAUCUGAAAUUUGUUUGCGUUUGAACAGAGAGGAUUUUUAUGUAAAUGAAGGUGCUUUUCUAUAGAUUCACCUGCUGUUUUGUGGUUUAUAAUCUCUUGUAGCUUUAUCUUCAAGUCUGAGGUUUUAGUAGGGAGUAUGUUGCUGCUUCUACCCAGUUUUCUCUUUAUUCCUGCCUUUGGGGAAAAAACUAGUUUUUUAUGCAUUCAUUAUUAGAAGUAAAUGAAGGCACAGGGAGCACAUCCAUUACUGCAGAAUCAUGCAAUGUGCUGUGUGCAUUGCAUGGGUCUUAGAAGCACUUUACCACACUUUGUACUGGUCAGCUGGACCAGGAUGGGGAUGGAGAUAUAUAAAGGUUUGCCAAAGAUGUGCCAUGACCAUUAUAAGGAAUUGUUUCUGAAAUAGAUCUGUUUACAUAAAUAUCCAGGCAUUUUUCAUCCAUGUAUCUAGGAUAUCUUGUAUACUACUACUUUGCUAAUAAUAGAAUGGACACACUGAGCUUUAGUCUUGUUUUCUUAAAUUGUCUGUUCCAUCAGUGCACAGUUGCAGUGGGCUAACUGGUUGUGCCUAGAUGUAAACUAGACCCAGAAAACCCCCAUGAUGCAUAAAAGACUUGUAAGCAACUGA